CUGCCGUGUUGUUGUGUUUUUUUUUUCCCUCCCUCUCCCUUCUACGUCACUUCCUCCGGCGGUUAAACAGGCCCGGACGGCGUUUCCGCUUCCGCUCUUGGUCGAGUCUCACCUUCUGUCACCAUCAGCUGCAACGAUUGGAUUAUGAGCCCCUUGAGGGAACGUAGCUGAUCGAAUGGAAGAUUCCUGCCGUCCAUUUCUGGGGGGCAUCUGAGGAGGAGGGGAGGGGGCGGCUUUUGGUUUCUGAAAGCCGGCCACCCUAGCCAGAAGAAGAUGUUCGCCAAACUGAAGAAGAAGAUUGCGGAUGAGGCGGCUACUGCCCCACGGCCCGGGGGACUAGCCAGGAUGCCCAGAUCGAUCAGCAAAGAAUCGGUCACGUCAGCAGGAGCAGAGUCGGGGGACGAUUUUGCAUCCGAUGGAAGCAGCUCCAGAGAAGACCUCUCGUCGCAGCUGUUCCGAAGAAAUGAACACAUACGGAAGCUCGAAGUCAAGCUAUCCGAUUAUGCUGAACAGGUCCGCAACCUGCAGAAGAUCAAGGAGAAGCUUGAAAACGCGUUAGAGACACAUCAAGAUUCCUUCGUGAAGAAACUCCAAGAACAGAACGAGACGCACCAGACCAACCUAGGCAAGAUGGCGGAAGAGCUGAGCCUGACGCUGGAGGAGAAAGACCAGGAGUGGCGAGAAAAACUAUCCCAUCUGGAAAAGGAGAGGACGCUUCUUUUAGCCCAGUUGCAAGAAAUGAGAGAACAGAGUUUGAAUCUCUUCCAGAAGAGGGAUGAGAUGGACGAGCUGGAAGGCUUCCAACAACAGGAGCUUGCGAAAAUCAAGCACAUGCUUCUGAAAAAGGAGGAGUCCUUGGCCCGGAUGGAGGGAGAGCUGAGAUCUUCCACCCAGGAGUUGCUACAAACACGAGACGAGCUACAAGUCUCACAGGACUUGUCCUCUCGCCUGGCCAGAGAAGUUCAGGAGCUGCAACGACAGCAGGGGGACCUUACAGUGGAAAGGGAUGAGCUCAGAGAUGCCAGGGAGAGCGCAGUGAACAAGAUCACCAGCUUGGAAGGACGGAGCCAAGAGCUGCAAUCCUACGUCCAAUGCGUGUCAGUUGAUCUGCAGAAGGCUCAGCUGGCUGCCUCUAGUACGGAAAAGAACCUGGAGGUGCUGCAGGGAGAACACAGAUCCCUGAAGCUGGAAUUCCAAGAGCAAAGGCAAAAGAUGGCUCUCCAAGUGGAGGAGAAGACCCAGCUGGCGGACCAACUGCAGGAGAAGGUAGCCGUCUUGGAGAAGCGACUGGAAGGUAGCCUGUCUGGGGACGAGCAUUUCCAGGAGCUGUUGAGGGAGAUGGCUCUCCAAGUGGAGGAGAAGACCCAGCUGGCGGACCAACUGCAGGAGAAGGUAGCCGUCUUGGAGAAGCGACUGGAAGGCAGCCUGUCUGGGGACGAGCAUUUCCAGGAGCUGUUGAGGGAGAAAAAUGCUCUAGAGCAGAGCCUGGAAGACACUCGACAAGACCUGCUGACGGCCCAAGCUGGUCACAAGGAGAGGCAAAAUCUCCUGGAAACUCAGAUCAGCCAGCUGAACUGCAGGUUGGCCACGGAAGAAGCGGGCCGGAAAGAGACAGAGGAAUCCCUCCGCAGUCUCCAGGCGAGCAGAUCGCAGCAGCUGCAGGAUUUGGAAGAAGCCCUCCAGCUCGCCAAGGAGGCCGUGGCCAAGAGCCAAGAUGAGCUCAGAGGGAAAGAAUUACAGCUCCAAAAGCUGCAAGUGGAUCUGGAGUCGGAGCGGGUCAAAUCCCAGGAAGGCCUUUCUUCCAUGCGCUCUCAGUGGAUGGACCAAGUGAAGCAGCUGGAAAAGCAGGUUUCUGACCUUGAAGCUGCCCAGACGUUGGAAAGGGAGGCUGCCCAUCAGAAGUCUAGCCGGCUGGAGAAAGAAAACGCCAAACUCAAGGACAGAUGUGGAGGUUUAGAAAGUUCCUUAAGACGGCAAGAGUCCGAAUUGGAAAGAGUCAAGGCGCAACUGAGCAGCAACACUGAAGCCCUGGAGGAGACACAGAAACGGAGCACAUCCCUGCAGCAGCAGGUUGCAGAUCUGACCUUGUCGUUACAGGAAAAGGAGCAACAGGUGGCAGCCAAAACAGACAGUCUCCUGAAACGGGAGGAAGAGGCAAAAUCGUUACGGCAAGGUCAUGACCUGCUUUUGCUGCAGAUGCACCAGUUGCAAUCCAGCCUUGAGACGUGCCAGGGCCAGGCUGCGGAGAAGGAAGCAGCCAUGCAAGAGCAGCUACGAGUUCUCCAGACGCAACACCAGGAGCAGCAAGAACGCCUGCUCGCCAGUGAGAAGCAAGCUGCCGUCUUAGAGCUCGCGUCUAUGGCUUUGGAAGACCAGUUACACCUGUCGGAAGAUGGAGAGCAGGAACCCAACGGAGAUCUGGUCUCCUCAGAUGCGGUCCAACUCCAGAAGGAGAACCAAGACCUGGAACAGCAGAUAGUGGAAAAAAACAAGAUGAUAAAACAGCUGCAGCAGAGGAUGGCAGAGCUCAAAAAAACCUUGCAGAAAGAACUGAAAAUUAGACCCGAUGGUGAAAUCCCUGAAGUGCCCGUGGCUGGUUUGACUGUAACAAACAACUCGGAUCUGAGCGAUUCCCGAGAGAUCAACUUUGAGUAUCUGAAGCACGUGGUGCUAAAAUUUAUGUCCUGCCGGGAAUCGGAGGCGCUUCAUUUGAUCAAGGCUUUGUCUGUGCUGCUCAACUUCUCCCCAGAGGAAGAAAACAUGGUCAAGGAAACCUUGGAGUAUAAGAUGUCCUGGUUCGGAUCCAAGCCGCUUCCCAGAGGGAGCGUCCGACCGUCCGUCUCCAAUCCAAGGAUGAUGUGGUCCUGAAGCUUCUGCCAGGAUGAUCUGCUCCGGUUGUUGGGUUUCGGUGGGGGGGGGGCAGUUGUUGUGGUGGUGGUUGUUGUUUUCUAUGAAAAGAUGCACCCAACAACAGUGGUUUCGGUGGCGGUGACCCACAACGUACCACGAACUUGGGGGGGCGGUGGCGGGGAGGGGAGAGGAAGACGUUUACAAAACUGACCCGUUUAAAAGGGGCCUCUUUCUUCUCCCUGAUUUGUGGACCGGAGUUACUGUAGGUGGGUAUCUAAGGGGCCUUUGGCGGGCUACCAACAUCUCCCAGCGAUUUCCAGCAGGGAUAUAGCAGUUUUUGCAACCUUUCUGGUGGUAUGUAAAUCCUUAAGGAGACUUUGCACUUCUGCUUUCUCAGAUACAAACGUACCAACCCCGCCACCUUCAGCCCAUUUAACACUACAUCACGAAAGGUUACUAACAGGCUCAGUUGUGGCUACCGACGGUUCAGGGGUGGGUUGGGGAAGUAGCUCUCAAUAACUUUCCACCUGGCCGGCUUUUAUUAUUAUUAUUAUUAUUAUUUUCUCAAAAAAAGAAAAAAACAUUUUUAACAGGCCUUCGUGGCGCUCUAGGUUUUUUUUUUUUUUAAAUAAAAAAACAAAACCCAGAUGUAUUGGUGGCAAAAAGGUGGAGCCACCUAGUUUGCAAAAAAAACCGGAAACCACAGAUCGAGCGGUGUUUUGUGUGUUUCUGCGCACGGUAAAAGAACCAUCUGAGCCAUCGAUGAGUGGUUUAGGCAGGCUAAUUACAGCCCACAGCUCAUCCUCAGCCCGAAAACAAGCAAGGGGUGGACAUUUAAACCUGUGUGACUUCUUCUUCUUCUUUUUUUUU